AUCGCUUGGGCCAUGUUUAUGUGAUUUAAAGGCGGCUCUGCCCCCCGGGCUCGGCUCGGCUCCUUCAGUGAAUCGUGGUAUCCCACUUGGUUUAAGAUUGAUCAAGAUGACUUACUUCAGGUUGGCAGCAUUCACGGCCCUGGCCGGCCUCCAGCUGACCCGAGCCCAAGACCUCAUCUCGGACCCGGGCCGGGCCGGUCCAGAACUAGAGGUGGUCCAUCUCUACAACGACCAGUGGCCCACCGGAAUAGCAGUCUCGUCCAAGGGCCGCAGGUUCUCCAACUACCCAGGCGGGCUCGACCCGAACAACACGAACGACGGCAGCAACGGAAAAUACACGGUGGCCGAGCUCUUCGACGGGAGCACCGAGAGGCCGUACCCGAGCGCCGAGAUGAACAGCCCCCCCGGCGGCGCCAUCAACCGCACCACGGCGCCCCCGACGGGCGCCAACUACCACGACUACCUGAUCGGCGUGCAGAGCGUGGUGGUCGACAGCGCGGACCGGCUGUGGAUCCUCGACACGGGCCGCGCCCAGACGCGCGAGGGCGUGCUCGUGCCCGCCAGCCCCGGCGGCCCAAAGCUGGUCGGCGUGGACCUCGCGACCGACAGCGUCAUAAAGACCAUCACGUUCCCCGGCACGGUCGCCUACCCGGAGACGUACCUCAACGACGUGCGCCUCGACCUCGACCCGGCGCUGACGCCCAGCGGCGCGGGCGUCGCCUACAUCACCGACUCGUCCAGCGAGGGCCGCACGGGGCUCAUCGUCGUCGACCUCGGGUCCGGCGAGUCGUGGCGCCACCUGGACGGGAGCCCCUAUGUGCAGGGGGACCGGCAGUUCCUCGCCUCCGUGUGGGGCCGCGCGCUCUACGCCGCGCAGCCGGGGGCGCGGCCCGCGUCGUUUCUUACCUUUGGCGCCGACGGUAUUGCUCUUGGUGCCGACGGGAAGGACCUCUACUUUGGCGGUGUGGGAACCCGCUACCUGUACAGCAUCCCCACGGAGCGCCUAAGGGACCGCGGCCCCACGUCCGAGAUCAUGGCGCAGGCGGCCGUCGUCACGCGCGGGCAAAAGGGGCUCGCCGAUGGGUUCGAGACGGACAGCAAUGGGCUGGUGUACCAUGGGAACAUGGAGGCCAACGCGGUCAACUUCUUCAGCCCCGAGAAUGGGACGGACCAGGUCUUCCUGCGGGACCCGAGGAUCAACUGGGCCGAUACGUUCUCUGUGGCCACGGAUGGCUACCUCUAUUUCACCAACAACCAGCUGGCCUUUGGCCCUGCCAUCUACCCCGGCCCGGACACAAGACAGCGGCCGUUCAGCCUUUUAAGGGCCAAGCUUCCAAAUGGGGGCACCAAGGUUGGCGGGGGUUCAUGA